AUGCCUCUCAGGUUCGAUCCUAGCGUGUACACUGUAGGCUGGGUCUGCGCCAUCAAAGACGAGGUCACUGCUUCUCGAGCCUUCCUUGAUGAGGAACAUGAACAGCCUCGUAGACGGCAGAAUGAUAACAAUGUUUAUAUCGUUGGCCGAAUGGGGGAACACAAAGUGGUCAUCGCAUUCCCUGGAGCGGGCUCAUACGGUGCCGAUGCCAUUGCCCAUACAGUGGCUAACAUGGUUCGGACAUUUCGAAAUAUCCGAUUCGGUCUGAUGGUCGGGAUAGGCGGAGCGGCACCUUCAGCACCCGACCCUAAGGACCCAUUGAAUGACAUUCGGUUAGGAGAUGUUGUUGUUAGUGAGCCGAAGGGAAACUACAGCGGAGUAUUGCAGUACGACAAAGGCCGCUGGAAGGAUAAUGGGUUCGAAAUAAGAUCGCACAUGAAUAAACCUCCCAAACUUGUACUGGCUGCGAUGAAGUUGCUGCAGUCUGAUCAUGACAUUGGCCGGGGAAAGAUGACAGCCUUCAUCGAUGACAUACACAAGUCCAGCCAAUUACUAGCAUGGGAUUUUCGCUUCCCAGGCCGCGAGCUCGAUCGACUAUACAAGCCAGAUCUCCCGCAUAGUGAGGGAAAGGAUUUCAGGGACUAUGGGCUUGAAGUGUUGGAAAAGCGCCUUUAUCGUGAAACAGAUGAACCUGUCGUUCACUAUGGUAUUAUUGCCUCGGCCAAUGCUAUGAUGAGGUCUGUUGUGUACCGAAAUUAUCUGAGAGACACCUGGGGUGUGUGCUGUUUUGAAACAGAGGCCGCGGGCCUUAUGAAUGACCUUCCAUGUGUCGUCAUCAGAGGAAUUGCCAAUUACUCCGACGGCCAUAAGUACGAUAAUUGGCAGCGAUAUGCAGCAGUCACGGCAGCCGCGUAUGCCAAAGAUCUUCUACGAGUCGUGCCAGCUGAGGAGCCUGGCAGUACCGGAAUCCCUUCGCAAAUCAGCGAAGACUUUUCGUGGGAAUUGAGAGAAGUAGGAAAGCGAGUCGCCAAACUUGAUGAUAUGAUAACCCACAACCAUAAUGAGACAAUACUCGGAUGGCUCAAUGAUUUUCCCUACGAUAUCGACAAUUGUUCUAUCUUUGAUGGAAUUCACCCAGGCACCGGCCAGUGGUUAUUGAACUCGGACAAAUUCCAGUCCUGGUACCAGGCCAAAGGGCAAACACUACUCUGUCUAGGCAUUCCUGGCGCAGGGAAGACGGUCAUGGCAGCUACCAUCAUGGGAUAUAUUAAUACACACCGGCACGUCAACAAUCUGAGUCACGCGCUUGGAUAUGUGUUCUUCAGCUUCAGAUAUCCAUCACAACAGAGAACCAGGAACAUUGUCGCGUCAAUUUUGAAGCAGCUUGCCCAACAAGACCGUCAACUGAUGCAGGGAUUGCAGACUCUUUAUGGUCGACAUAGUACCAGGGGCACGCAACCGUCAACACGCGAGAUGGUCGAAAUUCUUUGUUCUAUGAGUAGUGAUAGGCAGGUAUACAUUGUUAUCGACGCGCUGGAUGAGAUCCAAAGUCCCAUGAAAGGACCGACGAACUUCCUAUCGGAGCUUUUUCGGAUUCAGGAUGCUACUGGCCUAAAUAUACUCGCAACCUCACUUUUCGCCCCUGGAAUUCAAAAGAUCUUUAGGGAAAGGGAUGGCUGUUCUUCUCUGGAGAUACGUGCCACGGAUGAAGAUGUUCGAAGCUAUAUUCAAGGAAAUAUCACUUCCCUGCCGUCCUUUGUUACGCAGGAUCAAGCAAUGAUGGACAGGAUCCUGGAGGAAGUUCCCCGGGCUGCUAGCGGAAUGUUCCAUUUUGCAAAGCUGUGCCUCGAUUCCUUGAGUGACCAAGUCUCACCCAAGCGGAUGCACCAGGCAUUAGCAGAACUAUCCAACAAUUCAGAACUUCAGAAAUUGGCGUACGAGAAGACCAUGGAGCGUAUCGAGGCCCAAUCACCAAACCUAAGGAAAUUGGCCUUAGACGCCCUUUCAUGGAUCGUAUGUGUCGGAAGGCCUCUGAAUAUUCGUGAAUUGCAACAUGCAUUAGCAAUACAAACGGGCAGUCAGUCUGUUGAUACGGAAGACGUUGUUGAUGCCAUAUUGAUAGUCUCUGUGUGCGCGGGGUUAGUAUCUGUCGACAUGGAGAGCGAGGUUGUUCAUCUCGUCCAUCAUACUGCGCAGGGCUUUAUAAACAAUCGUUUGGAAGAAUGGUUUCCAAAUGCUCAUCGAAGAAUCGCCGAAACAUGCGUCACAUAUCUGUCCUGUGACUGGAAUAUGAGUCAGGACGCCGCAACCAUAGUAUCACAGCAUCCCUUUUACCGCUAUGCAGCUCAAUAUUGGGACUACCAUUCUCGACUUGACCCAGUAAGUGAUGAGCUUCUACUGCCACUUCUGAUGUCAAAGGAAAAGGUGGCCUUGUAUGCACAGUACAUGCGCCUCCUGGAUAGCCGCUCUUCUGAUGUGAAGCUGGAAAAACCACAAGACAUCACCAGGCUUCAUUUGGCGGCUUACUUUGGGCUGACCAAUAUCGCCAAAGAACUUGUCAAGAACGGCGGCAAUCUUGAUGCAAAGGAUAGCUGGGGAAGAAAUGUUUUCGCGUGGGCCGCAGAAUAUGGGCGCAAGGAACUCUUCGAGUGUUUUUACGAUCAUGUUCGUUUAUGGCACCAAAAAGACAAGUUUGGUGUGACGCCGCUGCAACUGGCUUUAUUGAAGAGCCACACAGAUGUUGCAAAUAUACUUGAGAAUCGGCAUGUUGGCCCUGAACAAGAGAAAAUCACAACUCCCGAGGAUGAAUUGAUGUGCGAAGUUCCGAUGGGUAAUCAAAUUUCGGUUGAAGCUCUACUAUGCCAAGGAGUCUCGCCGAAUUGCCAACAGGGUAGGCGUACACCGUUACACAUGGCAAUUGUUGGUGGUCAUCUUGCUGUCGGGCAAGCUCUCCUAAAGAAGGGCGCCGAUCCAAACAUGGUUGAUUGGUACGGACGGACCCCCUUACAUUAUGCAGCCGGAAGGGGAAGAGAAGAAUUUGUGAAGCUACUCCUGGACUACGGUGUCGACAUUAAUCUCAAAGACAACAACGGUGCUACUCCUUUGAUAAGGGCCGUGGCUGGAAGACAUGACUCGAUAGUUCGGCUUCUCUUAGACUACAAACCUCAGCUUGACUCACAAGACAAUUUUGGUGAAACAGCAUUGAUCUAUGCAGUCAGACGUGGCUCCGAUGAGGCGUUUAGUCUACUGCUACGAAAUGGCUCCAGUUUAAACAUCCAAUGCAGAAAGGGUAUGACCGCUUUGAUUCGUGCAGCUCUUGUGAGAGAUGUGGAAAAAGCCCGUCUCUUGCUGGCAGCUAAGCCGCAGAUUGACAUCCGCAAUGAGACAGGCGCCACGGCUUUGAUUUGCGCAUCCCGGAAAGGGUGCUACAAGAUCGUUGAUGCACUAAUUCAGAAUGGAGCCCAUCUGGACAUUGAAGACAAUGACGGUCAGACGGCACUGCUCUUCGCUAUGCGAUACAAUCACGAGGCAGUAACGGCUUUGCUGAUACAAAGUGGGGCAAACGUCGAGGCAGGCACUGAUAAAGAGGGAUGGUCCCCGCUAUAUCAAGCUGUUGAUCGAUCUUGGAGUAAUAUCGUCCGUCAACUAGUAGCAAAGGGCGCAGACGUGAACCGCCAGGAUGUGAAUGGCAUAACAGCCCUGAUUUAUGGCUGUAUGUACAGUAGAAGCACUGAUUGCCUUAGUUCCCUUUUGGAAUUUAGCGCUCAGCUUGACAUUCAGGAUGACGGGGGAAGAACUGCUUUGAUGUAUGCAGCUCGAUCGUGCUACGACGAGAUGGUCAUUAUCCUCUUAGAAAGCGGCGCUGACUGGAAGCUGCGCGAUAACGAGGGACGGACGGCCUUGUUUUACGCACACACAAAGUGCGACUCGUUCUCUGAACGCCAGGACAAACGUGACAGAAUAAUCCAGGCGUUUCUGCCUUAUGAAAAAUUUCUUGAUGGGACGGAAGCAGGAAACGAGGCAGCUCAGUCAGAUGAUGGUACAGCCUGCGAAGACAAGGUGGUAUCUGGAAGUGAAUAG